AGCAGACGCACCGGCUUGCUGCUACGGCAUACAGAGAUCCGGUCUGGACACAACAUUGCCAUGUUCCGAAGUGGGGGGAGUCGCUCCUCCACAUCCCGAAUCGCCACCAACCACUCCCCUUGACUUGUUCGGCAGAUGGGGAGGGAGACAGACCUGAGGAGGAAAUGACUGCUGCCCCAAUGAUACAACCGGCGGACCUUGCUUCAAACGAUUAAAACCGCCAACCAUAAUUAGUCACCUCACCUCUACAGCGAUAUCUAGACCGACACGAGAAGCAAAGCCAACAGCCCAUUGUCCUAGGGCCUACGAAAGACAAAAAUGACGAAUCUCACCCCUGUGCAUUUCUUUUCCCAUGGGUCAACCAUGAUGCUGGGCGAGCCCUCGGACUCUGCCGACUACUGGAAGAGAGCGGGCGACGAGGCAUUGGCACACAAGUUCAAGGGCGUUAUCAUGAUGGGUGCACACUGGGACGCCCUGGGCGACAGGAUCGAGGUCGCGACAAAUCCCAAGCCCGGGAAAUCCCCCGUCGCAUACGUCCACCCGUCCAAGUACGUCGACUAUGAGCUCAAUCCAGACCUUGAAACUGCCGACCGCUGCAUCUCCAUGCUCGCUGACGCCGGCUUCGAUGUCUCGGGCAACCCCUCGUUCGACUGGAUCCACGACACCUAUCUAAUUCUGAUCCGAAUGUUCCCCAACGGCUGCCCUCCUACUGUCCUGAUCUCGAUGAAUGCCCGGUUUGACCCGCACUUCCACAUGACCGUCGGCGAGGCCCUGCGCCCCCUGCGGAAGGAAGGCUACCUCCUCAUCGGCUCCGGCGGCGCCGUCCACAACCUGUACCGCAACAACUGGAUGCCCAUGCUGCGGUUCAGCGACAACUUCGCCCAGGAGCGGCCCCCCGAGCCGUGGGCCCUCGAGUUCCGCCAGGCCGUCGAGGACGUCAUCAGCCACAACAGCGGGCCGACCCUCCGCAGAGCCAUGACCCGGCUCAUGAAGCACCCUCUGUAUCGUGAGGCUCACGCCACCGACGACCACUUCAUGGCUGCCAUGUUUGUCGCGGGGGCCGCGGGCGACGAGGAGGAUGAGGGCGUAUGCGGAGAGCUCAAGGCCGAGACGUGGGAACUGACAAAUAUGUGUAACAGCCAGUUUACGAUUGGAAGCUGGCCGAGGACCCUGGCCUCGGCGGCGUAG